CUUGUCCAUUCUAGGUGUCUUUUAGGGAGAGGUGGCAGGUUGGAGGAUUCCUAAUAGAGAUGGGGAUUAGAAAAGCAGGGGAAGAGAGGUGGUUGGGGACUGGUAAGAGUCUGCAGGAGGUUAGGCCUGGACAUUGGAGCCUACCACACCACCCUGAGAUGAAGGCACCAGUACCUAACCCAUUGAAUUGAGUUUGCCAUCUUCUAGGUACUGUGGUGUUCAUUUUGUGGUUUGUUUAAAUUGGCUUUUGAAGCAGGGUCUCACUGUGUAACUGUAGCUGGCCUGAAACUCUCCAUGUAGACCAUGCUGAUCUUAAACUCAGAGAUCCUCCUGCUUUUACCUUCCAAGUGCUGGAAUUAAGGGUGUACACAGUACGCCUGACUACUGUGAUGUUUUUAGUAGAUUGAUCACCACACACACACACACACACACACACACACACACACACACACACACACUGCCUUCACCUAGAGAGGCAAGUUCUGUUACCCCAUCUUAGAGAUGAAAAUGAGAAGGCAGGUACGUGAGGAGAAAUAAUCUGACGAUCCACAUCCAGUUCUUUUUAGGCCUUGUGGGCCUGGAGUUGGGUAGGGGGCACACCAGCUCCCAAGAAGGCCCUGGAAUCCUGUGCCCCACAUUCACCACUUCCUUCUGGCCUGGAUUUCCUGGACAGUGCUGCCGAAGUGUGGGUGGAAGUCCUGUGGUCCCUCAGGUGGCAGGCUUUGCUGAGAUGGGGCCCAGAUACCUUUUCAGGACAGCCACAGUGGCAUCACUGCUGAUCUGGGCUGCUUCAAGGGAAGUCUCUCGGCUCUGCGGCCGCCUUGCCUACUGGAACCCUGACAACAAAUGCUGCCGCAGCUGCCUGCAGCGUUUCGGGCCCCCUGCCUGCCCUGACUACGAGUUUACGGAAAACUGCGGACUCGAUGACCUCGGCAACACCGUGGCACAAACUUUCAGAAAGUGUUCUCCUGGGUAUUGCAACCCCGAUGGCACAGAGCUGUGUAGGCCCUGUAGCAGCGGAGCCACAAUCCCCGCACGCAUGGAGAGCCACAGCAGGACCCAGAAGCAGUGUAGAAAGAAACCCAUCCCUCCCAAGGAGGUCUGUCCUCUGACAACUGAAGAAACAGGAGUCUCUAGCUCCCCAGGGCCGGGGCAGACAACCAUCCCUGAGACCUCCGCCCUGUCCUCUGUGCUGCCCCUGGCGGCACCGUUGCUGGUGGUGCUCCUGAUACUGGCAGUGGUCUUGCUCCUCCUGUUCAAGAGAAAAGCCCGUUCCCAGCCCUGUCCCAGCUUGGCUUUGGGAGACCCCAGCACCUCUGCACGCUGGUCCUCUCCGGGCUCCCUGGAGGUAUUGGGAAGUAGGAGCACUCGGAAGACGUCUCUGCUGCAGCUCUCAAGCUGGGAGCUUCAGAGCCUGGCCUCACAGCCCCUGGCUCGCCUCCUGGACGAGCUGGAAGUCCUGGAGGAACUGAUUAUGCUGCUGGACCCUGAGCCUGGGCCUAGCGGAAUCAUGGCUUAUGGUACCACACGACACCUGGCUGCAAGAUACGGGUUGCCUGCCACCUGGUCUACCUUUGCCUACUCACUACGGCCCCAUCGCUCACCCCUAAGAGCCCUGAUUGAGAUGGUGGUGGCAAGGGAGCCAUCUGCUACUCUGGGACAGCUUGGCAUACACUUGGCCCAGCUAGGGCGGGCAGACGCACUGCAGGUGCUCUCCAAGCUUGGCUGAGUCAGGGCUUGCUGGGGAUUACUACUCAGU